GCCCUGGUGACAAAGCAGGGAACCUGCACUGAGUCCACUCCAGUCCCUGGAGACUGGAGCUGGGAGUCCAAGGCAUGAACAAGAUCUUCCCCCAGGCGGAUGUCAAUGGCAACACUGCUGCUGAAAGAAAAGCCCUCUCUGGAGGGGAAGCGGGCUGCAGCCUCCUCUGCUGCUCACGCCGCGGGGCCUGCCUCUUGGCCUUCGUGCUGCUCCUGCUGGCAACCCUUGCAGCCCUCAUCACCCUGAUCGCCUUUCUUGGACUCCCACCACGCAUGCCAGGGGCCCAGGCCUGUGUGACACCGACGAACAGGACAGGCUUCCUGUGUCAUGACCGGAGGAGCUGCAUCCCAGCCAGCGGGGUCUGUGAUGGUGUCCAAGCCUGUGUCCAUGGCGAGGAUGAGGACGAGGGCUUGUGCCGAGAUGUGCCCCAGAGCCUCCCCAGCUUCCUCGUGGCCCGCUGUGGGAACCCUCCCUGGAUCUACUCAGACCAAAGGUGUGAUGGCACCAACAACUGCGGGGACUGCUCCGAUGAACUGAGCCCAGUGACCGUGUGCCCACCUUGCGGCCCUGGAUGGUGGCGCUGUCCCUCGACUUUCUUCAAGUACUGCGGCUGUAUCCCGAGGAGCCUCUGCCGGGACCACGUGCAGCACUGCACUGACUGGUCUGAUGAAUACUCCUGCCCCAGACCCUGAAUGGCCAGAGUGGGAGACUGGAUGGAAUGGCACUGGCAAUCCUUCACAUGAGCAUCAAAUCCCAGAACAUGAGGGCAGAAAGGAGCCUUUGAGAUCAUCUAGCGGGAUCUGCAUACCUUCUCUGAAUAGAAACCACGUCCCCUGUUUUCAAGUUGUUCAGCCUUUGCUUGAAUGCCUCCAGUGACAGGGAAUUCACCACCAUGUUAUGCAGUGCCUAACAAAGAUGAGGGGUAUUUGCUCCCUCUGCACCAGAACAGGCUUGCAGAUCAUGGUUUUGUCACUCCUUGGAGAGUAGACAGGUCUGGGGCUUAAACACCAACCUGAGGCCUUUGAUUUGUAUGGAUGACACAUACGUGAAGCAUGUGCCUCCUCUUGCCCCUUUGGUACCUCAGGUAGAUAUUGCUGACCAAUCAUAACACCCCAGCUGGGCUUGGAUGCGGUCUUAGCAUUUUUUUCAACUCUGGAACCCUAGCAGACCCCACUAAUUGAUCAGAUGAGAUUGCACAUGAGAUGGGGUAUUUGUCGUCUAUUGGUGGGAAGCAACCCCAGAAGGCUCUGAGCUGCAGAUGGUUCUGGAAGAACAGCUUGAGAAGCUCCUCACUGCCCCUCUGUCCAUCCCAUUCUUUAGUCGGCCUCCCCCACCCCCAUGACCAGCUGCCCAGAUGAACAGCAUGGCAUUCCUGAAUUAGGGGUUCUAUUUUGGUCCUGGAGCCUGAGUGAACAAGCUGUUUCCCUGCCUAGCCUUCCAGCGUCACAGCAGUCAGGCAGGCGAGGAUGGCUGUCCAGUAAAACAGAUGAGGAAACCGAGGCCCGGAGUAGGAAGUGACUUGCUCAAUAUGAAUCAGUCAAGUCAGUGCUGGAACUGGGACUCAAAUCCAGUCAAUGGAGUCCCAGCCUAGAAGCCUUUCCUGCGACCAGAGUGAUGACACCUUGGCCAGGGCAGAGUCUGCAUGGGGUGUAGGAAAAAGUAGCUAGAAGGUGAGAAAGUGUCCCACCCUUACUCUGGGAGACUUGGAAUUUAGCCACCGAGAGGGGUUCCACUGAGGGAGAGAGACACAUCCCUGUCAGAAAUUAAUAAAAUUGGGUUCAUAUACCA